AUGUACAAGGAACCUAUCAUUCCUUAUAAUCUUUUCAAACACUUUAGUCGUGUUCAAAACAAGGUCGAUCUGGAUUUGGACACAAAGAUUGAAAAGUUUCGUAUGCUAAUUAAGACAUGCCCUCAGGCAAAUCAAUAUGUGUUACUUUAUAUCUUGGACCUUUUGGCGGUGUUUGAACGGAAUCGUCAAAAAACAAAGAUGACUGCACAAAACUUGGCCAUUGUCUUCCAGCCUUCCAUUCUCAACCCUCAGAACUUAACGUCUAAAACCGAGCACACAACGGCUGUCAGCGUGAUUGAAUUCUUGAUCACCCAUCAAGAUUGCUUCGUUCUUGGACUCACCGAGCCACCACCAAAAGACAAGCGACCCGAGGAAUUGACGUCAUCUAUUUCACCUGAUGUGAAAGACUAUGUUAUGAUUCCUUCUGAUUCGGACGAGGAAGUUGUUGAAUACCGAGUUCACGUUGGAGGUGGUGCUCGUUUGGCUCGCUCAAACACAACUGGCCAUGGUCAAGCAAGUACAAUUUUCGCUCGCAGGGAACGGAGAAAACGCGCGGAACAGCGGCAGGUGUCAGAAGAAGAGUUGCGGCCACCCGUUAGUUCCCCUGAUAUUGCGUUUGAUAGCAACGCAAGGCAAUCACCUCGAUUACUCAUGCCGACACGAUCUAUUCGAAGACGCGCUAAUUCUAAUACCGAAACAAGAACUCUUGAUAAUAAUCAACCACCCUUAAGAGACAAUGAGCAACGUCCGUUUAGGACAGCUAGCAAACUGUCUCAUAAGAUGCGUGAUUCAGUCGUCAAUGGAAACGGUGCUCUGCCGUCUCGUCCACCUAUUGGAAAGCGCUCGGUUUCUGCCACUAGUGUCGCACAAGCAACAUCGCUUAAUAGUGGACCCUACUCAGGACACUUUGUACCUGCUAAAUCAGAUGACUUUUUAUUGAAUGGUCUUGCUUCUCAAGAAGAACCAGCCAUGGUUCAUGACGUUCGUGAUGAAUCUUCGAGUAUGAUUCCUCCCGGUCCCCAAGUCAGGGCGAACAAUUCUUCAUUUACGACGCCAGUCCUGCCUAUAUCUCCUGAGAUAACUGUUUUCUCACCUUGUGAUAAUUCUACUUCAUUGUAUAAGCCAAUGUCGUAUUUGCAACAAACCUCAAAUCUUUCUACAGCACAGCCAUUGUCUUAUAUCCAAGAUACGGAAUCGCAUAAUAAACAUCAGGAUGAACCUCGGCAGUUGCAGGCAUCUCUCGAUUCUUACGUCGGUGGCGCCUAUUCGUCUGACCCUCGUUUGUCAAGUUUGGCACCUGUCGUAAGACCUGGGCCUGCUCCUAUGCAAACUUCUACCCGUUCGCUUUCUGCUGGCGCCGAGCCUGCGAUGCGCGUUGAUUCAUCUCCUAUUUCGUAUCUUGUCAAUAUUGAUUCACAUCCCAAAGCAGAUGCUGCCCCUGCUGUAUCACCAAAACCGCUGCUAAAUUCAGAUGUGGAUGUCCCCACCUCCCAUUCACACCUGUUUGAUCCAUCUAGUGGCUUUUCGCAAGAUACUGGCAUACAAACCCAAGACCAAUUACAAUCUUCAUUUUCUUCAUCACAGGUGGCGAGCCCUUCACUACCAGAACUCCAUCAUGCUAAAGUGAUAAUUACUAUAUCUGGCCAGCCAUCUACUCAUUAG